AUGUGUUGUCAGAAGAGAGAGCAGCUGGCUCAGAGACUGGAGCAGCCAGCCACAGAGAGUGAGGGGGCAGAGGCUGCCUUCCUCACAGUGCCCUGCCCGCGUGGCCAGAAGGAACCAGAGACAGUUAAUGAAUCCACAGAAGAGGACUCAAUUCAUUUUAAUGUUGGCGGCUGGCAUUUCUCUAUUCCGAAAAGUAAAAUUGCUCAGUUUCCAGAAUCCCUGCUUUGGAAAGAAUCUUCUGCCCUGGUUCCAUCUGAAAACCCAAGACUAUUCAUCGACAGAGAUGGAUUCACAUUUAGACACAUCCAUUAUUAUCUACAUACCUCAAAGUUGUCUUUUUCCAGCUGUGCUGAAUUGAAUUUGUUGUAUGAACAAGCAUUAAUUUUGAAGCUGACACCUUUAUUGCAGACUUUAGACAAUUUGAAGGAAGGGAAACAUAAUCUGCGUGUGCGACCUGCAGAUAUACCAAUAGCUGAAAGAGCAUCCAUGAAUUACUGGAGAACGCAAAAAUGUAUCAGCAAGCCAUCAGAGUUUCCUAUCAAAAGCCCAGCAUUUACAGGAUUACAUGAUAAAGCUCCCUUGGGGCUGAUGGAUACACCAUUACUUGAUACAGAAGAGGAAGUGCAUUACUGUUUUCUGCCAUUAGACUUGGUGGGAAAGUACCCUACUUUAGUCAAUGAUGAUAAUUUACUGUGGCUCCUGGAGAAUGCAGCUCUGAUAGAAUGUGAAUGCAGUGAAUUCCGUUUCAUAGUAAAUUUUCUUCGCUCAGAGAAGAUUUUGUUGCCUGAUAAUUUCUCCAACAUAGAUGUUUUGGAAGCAGAAGUUGUAACUUUGGGAAUUCCUAACCUUACCGAUGCAGUGAAGCUUUAUAGGGGAAAUUGCUCUAUGCUGACCUCUAACCUUGAAGAUUCUGUGAAGGGUAUAGUAAACAAGAUGCUGGAAGUUCAGGAAGUUGUGAGGCCCCCCUUGUAUGUUAUGGCACUUGGUGUCUUAGUAAAAUACCCUGAUUCAGCACUUGGACAGCUCCAUAUAGAAAGUACUUUAGACCGAAACCAGCUGUACAUCUCUGGGAAUGGAGUCCUCUUUCAACAUGUCAAGAACUGGCUAGGAACUUGCCGCCUCCCACUUACUGAAAAUAUGUCUGAAAUCCAUGAACUCUGUGCUUACUUGGACAAAAGGGACAUCACAUAUGAACCAAUGAAAGAUGCUUUGAAAUCAUAUCUGAAACAAAAGAUACCCGCAGAGACGAAGGGACACAAUGAAGACUGGACAGCAGAAGUAAGAGUCUACUCCCUGCAUCAGAUUGUGAAAAUUUAUGUGGGAAGCCAUUGGUAUGAAACAUACUUACAAACCUUGCUGAAGUGUCCAGAGCUCCUGUCAAACUGCAAAAAAGUUUAUUGGAUUACAUAUGGUCAGAGUCUCCUAAUCCAUGGAGAUGGGCAAAUAUUUCGACACAUUCUCAACUUCCUUAGACUUGGCAAGCUGUUUUUACCAUCUGAAUUUAAAGAAUGGUCUCUAUUUUGUCAAGAAGCAGAGGAGUACAGAAUUCCUUCUCUUUUUGAAGCACUUUAUCAGUGUGAUGGAUACAGAUUGUGGGUCAAAAAACAUGAAACUUACGCUGAAGCUGCUUUUCCAUUUAGAAGAUUAAAUAUUGUGACUUGGGAUAAGGAGCAUGAGUUCAGCAAAGACCCAAAAGAAAGUCUCGUCUGGUUGGCAUGCUCUGAGCAUGCCUACUGGAUUGAGCCCCACAGAUCCUCACCCAACCCCUCCCUGGCUAAAGCAGCUUGA